GUUCGGAACACCAUCACCAUCAGCUCCUCUCCAGGCAUGCUCGAUCCCUCGGCGCGCGCAUAUAUAUUCUUCGUUCAAGGAUUAAGUUCCUUUAGAUUAACUAUUUUAACGAGCGCGCGUGCACACAUACACGCACACACACACACACGAGACACGACUGAAAUCCGUGGGCUUUGAGACCCAGAAAACUCCGUCUGGCCUGGUUCACGCUUCCAUUCUAUCCUCUGCUGUUAUCCCUGCUCUAGAUCCUCAUUUCUCGAGCAGGUGACUCGGCUAUUUCCUUCGCUUUCCCCGUCUCCCUCUCCGCCUCAGGCCAUGGCUAUUGCAUUUGGGAAUGGGCGAGCCCUUGCGUUUUUCCCUCUCGCUGCUCCUGCCGCGGUCGUCUAUUCCCCAGCUUUGGCGACCUACCCAUCUUCGCUGCCUUUGCAAAAGCCGUGUGGUCCUCCUGCAGCUGUUGCCUUCUGCUGCUGCUCCUCGCCAAAUUGAGCGCAGAGAGGGGGGGUGCACAUACUAGGUUGCAACCCAAAAAUCAGCUGCAGCUGCAGGCUUGAAAAGUUACUGCUCCAUUUUUAUUUUUAAAGAAAGCACCUGCAUUUUGACUUCCUGCGUUCUGAGCACAACCGCUGUUUCUUUCGCUCCUUCCUCUUUUGGGGGGAAGAGAGGGGGAAGUUUACCAGAGCGGCUGACUUCUCUCUCCUCCAGAGCACACGCUGUCGUUCAGCUUGAAAUUGAGGAGAAUGGGACUGUUUUUUUAGACAGGAAAAGGGACGUCUUGGAUUCUGUUGGGGAUGCACUAGGCAGCUUGGAACCGGAGAGAAACUGAAGGCACAGCUGACCAUCAUGAUGGUGGCACUCGUCCCAGAGGACAGGCAUUGAGAAGUCACCUUGUUAUUGGGCGACCCUCGACCAGUUCAGCUAUUUCCAGGAACUCAGGCCCUAGGAGCAGAAGCAUGGACAACCGGCUGGACUGACCCUAUGCAUCUGAGGAAUCUCUUGUUCACACGUGUUGAGAGUUCCUGGAGCAAACACUCCACUCCCUUUUCCUCCGCUUCCAAUUUGGCUGGGUUGAAAGUUGCUGGGGUUUUUGGUUUUUACUGCCUCUGACCUUUUUUUCUCCUUCCCUAGGGGGGAAAAAUCCUGGAUAUUUUAAUUUUAUAGUGCUGUUUAUUUUUAUUAUUAUAUUUGGUAAUAGUGCAGUCUGAGGAUGGGCAAUGCCGCUAGCAGCCUGGAAAUGUCUCCAGCAAAGGAGAUUAAGAGCCAAUCAACAGCCUCUUCACCUCUGCCCCCCAAACAGCCAGUGCCCCCCAAACAGCCUAUGCCCAGCUCUGGAGAACUGGAAGAACGAUUCACUCAUGUGCUGAAUUCUAUGAACUUGCCACCAGACAAAAUGAAGCUUCUGAGCCAGUAUGAUAAUGAAAAGAAAUGGGAGUUGAUCUGUGACCAGGAAAGGUUCCAGGUCAAGAAUCCACCUUCUGCCUACAUCCAGAAACUGAAGAGCUAUCUUGACACGGGCGGAUUCAGUGGAAAGUUUAAGAGGCGGGUUCAAGAGUCCACCCAGAUUCUUCGGGAGCUGGAGAUAUCUUUGAGGACAAACCAUAUUGGCUGGGUCCAGGAAUUCCUAAAUGAAGAGAACAAAGGUCUUGAUGUGUUGGUGGACUACCUUGCUUUUGCCCAGUGCUCUGUCACGUAUGAUAUGGACAGCACUGACAAUGGAAGCCCCGGGUCCGACAAGGGAAAAGUCCUGGACAGGUCUAUGGAGGACCUCAGCAGAAGCAACUCCUCCCCAACGCAGGGCUCCUCCAAAACGAGGCACCUGACUGUCAGACUCAAUCCGGCACACAGCAGGAAGGCACUGAGGAACUCGCGCAUCGUCAGCCAGAAGGAUGAUGUCCAUGUUUGCAUCAUGUGCCUCCGUGCCAUCAUGAAUUAUCAGUCUGGGUUCAGCCUUGUGAUGAACCACCCAGCCUGUGUCAACGAGAUCACACUGAGCCUCAACAAUAAGAACCCGAGGACCAAAGCGCUCGUUCUUGAGCUGUUGGCCGCUGUUUGCCUGGUCCGAGGAGGACAUGACAUCAUCCUGGCUGCAUUUGACAAUUUCAAAGAGGUCUGUGGCGAGAAGAACCGCUUUGAGAAGCUGAUGGAAUAUUUCCGAAAUGAAGAUAGCAACAUUGAUUUCAUGGUUGCCUGCAUGCAGUUCAUCAAUAUUGUGGUUCAUUCUGUAGAGAAUAUGAAUUUCCGUGUCUUCUUGCAAUACGAGUUCACACAGUUGGGAUUGGAUGAAUAUCUAGAGAAGCUGCGCUAUUCAGAGAGUGACAAGUUACAGGUUCAGAUCCAAGCUUACCUGGACAACAUCUUCGAUGUGGGCGCCCUGCUAGAGGACACUGAAACCAAAAACGCUGUUCUGGAGCAUGUGGAAGACUUGCAGGAAGAAGUUGGGCAGCUCUCAGAGAAACUCCUGGAUGCGGAGAACGAGUCCAUGGCCAAGGUUGCAGAGCUGGAGAAGCAGCUGUGCCAGUCACGCCGCGAGGUUGAGGCUCUGAGAGCGAAGACAACAAGCAAUGAGCAGAGCAAACAGGAGCAAGUCAACAAGACAAACAGUCCAAGGAGUCCCUCUUUGUUACAAAUGCAGCAGCCUCAAGGGUCAGGAGAGGCCCCACAGUAUUCUGCCUUGGAGCACAAACUAGAGGAGCUGGAAGACAAGGGACUAAUCCGGAUCCUGCGUGGAACUGAUGGAGAUGGCAUUGUUGGCAUCGAGGUCAUCCCUGUCAUUGUGGAAACCACAGCAGCUUCCUUGGUUACUAUUGACGUACCCUCAUCAACCAGCACAGAUUUUCCUUUGCCAUCCACAUCCUCUGUUUCUCUUUCUGCUCCAGAAAUCCCCCCACCCCCACCCCUGCCCUUUGCCAGUGACAGCAGUUCCAUGGUUGCCGUGUCCUCUCAAGAGGAAAGCCCGCCUCCUCCUCCAGCACCACCCCUUCCUGGAGUCAGUGUCCCUCCACCUGCCCCACCACUUCCUGUGGCUGGAACUACACCCCAUCCUCCACCACCACCACCACCCCUCCUGGCAGUGGAUGGCCCAGUUCCUCCCCCUCCUCCCCCUCCACCCAUGGUGGAUGGCGUGAAUCUUCCAGGAAUCACUAUAAGCUCAGCUGUCAAGAUCAAGAAGCCAAUACAGACCAAAUUCCGGAUGCCUAUCUUCAACUGGGUGGCUCUGAAGCCUAACCAAAUCAAUGGGACUGUCUUCAACGAACUCAAUGAUGAGAAAGUCCUUCAGGAGCUUAACAUGAAUGACUUUGAGGAACAGUUCAAAACCAGAGCUCAAGGUCCAAGCCUGGAGCUUACUGUCCUGAAGGUGAAAACCUCCCAGAAGGCUCCUAGUAAGGUGACGCUGAUUGAAUGCAACCGGGCCAAGAAUCUGGCCAUCACACUUCGUAAGGGGGGGCUCACCAUCGACGGCAUUUGCAAGGCCAUCCAGGCGUAUGACCUGCAGUCCCUCAGCCUUGACUUCUUGGAGUUGUUGAUGCGUUUCAUCCCCACAGAAUACGAGCUGACGUUGAUCCGCAAAUACGAGAAGGAGCAGCGGCCACUGGAUGAGCUUUCAGAUGAGGACCAGUUCAUGAUUAAAUUCAGCAGGAUUCCUCGCCUGACGGAGCGCAUGAACAUUAUGACCUUCUUAGGCAACUUUGGAGACACUGUACAGCUCCUCCUACCACAGCUCAAUUCCAUCAUUGCUGCUUCGAUGUCGGUCAAGGCUUCUACCAAACUGCGCCAGAUUCUGGAGAUUGUGCUGGCAUUUGGGAAUUACUUGAACAGCAGCAAGCGGGGAGCAGCCUAUGGGUUCCGGUUGCAGAGCCUUGAUGCGCUCCUGGACAUGAAAUCAACCGAUCGGAAGCAGACGCUACUUCAUUACAUCGUGCGGGUGAUCGAGGAGAAAUACCCUGACCUCACAAGCUUCUCUAGUGAGCUGCACUUUCUGGACAAAGCAGCAACAGUCUCACUGGACAGUGUACUCCAAGACGUGCGAGGCCUUCAGCGGGGCAUGGAGCUAACAAGGAAAGAGUUCAUGCGCCAGGAUGACAGUGCUGUGCUCAAGGACUUCCUCAAGGCCAACACAGAAGUGAUGGAGAAGCUCUUGGCAGACAGCAAAACUGCACAGGAAGCCUACGAGUCGACAGUGGAGUACUUUGGGGAAAACCCCAAGACCACCCCUCCAACCAUGUUCUUCCCUACUUUUGUGCGCUUUGUGAAGGCACACAAGAAAGCGGAAGAAGACAUCCAGUUGUGGAGAAAGCAGGAAGCAGCUGCCAAAGUGGAGGAAAUAGACUCCCCCAGUCAGGAGGAAAAGGCAGCACCAAAGCAGUCUCCCACCCAUAAGGCCAAGCGACAGCAGAUGGACCUCAUAUCUGAGCUGAAGAAGAAGCAGCUGGUGAAAGAGCCCCUCAUUUACGAAGAGAAGGAUGGAGCCAUUGAGGACAUUAUUACGGGUCUGCGCAACCAGCCAUACCGGCGGGGAGACACUGGUCGGCACAGUGCCAGGAAACGGACCACUGCGCAGACGCUGCAGGUGACUGCCGACAUCUCUGUGUGACAGCCACGAACAAGAACAGCAAGCAAGCCAAGCUUUGGUUUAAAGGGGUGAAGCAAGGACUAAGCGGGUCCUAGCCAACAGGCUUGGACUAAAAGCUCCUUCCACCAAGGAACAAAAAGACUCAGGGGAGGAUAACUUCCCCCCACCCAGCUUUUAAAGCCAUUUUGUGGGCACAAACACAACAGUCUUGCUCCUUAUGCUGCCCACUGGAUCAGCGCUGCUUCAUUUUGAACUUAAACAAGUCUUCUUGGCCACAUCUGUCUGCCCCAACAUGGAAUUAAGGUGGGGUGGGGGUUGGGGAAGAGGCUCUACUCUGUGCCACAAAGACAGCCGAUGGGAUCUCUGUGGCUGCUGCCUCCGAGGAAAACUAAGUUGACAGGGUCUAGAUUCCUACUCCCCAUUAACCACUCCACCCAGCCGGAUCUGGUUCCUUUCCCCACCUCCUUCAGCUGGGACAUUUAUUCUGCUUUAAUUCUCCACUUCUGGCCUAGAGAAGAUGCAGGGCAGUGUUUUCAGGCUGGUUUCUCCCUAUGACAUGAAGGGUGCCGUUUUAUCCAUGUGAGUAAUCGCAUGCUUGUAGAAAGGUUACUUAGCCAGGAAUGUGUAACCUCAGGAUCAUUUAAGCCAUUCAAGUGGUGCAACAGGGCUACGUUCCUAGUGAGUCCACCAGGACUUUGGGUGACAGCAAGCACCCUUGCAAAACAGCACCAAUUCCAGCACUUUUAAAACUUCCUUGGAGGUGCCAUGGCCAUUUCAGCCCUGUAGGACCCAAACUGCAGGUUUCAGGUUUAUGCUGCCGAGUGGGUUGGCUUCAAUUGCUAAUGGCCUGUGUAGUUUUUUUCCUUCCCAACAUUUCUUUACGGCUGGUGCAGGUCCACAUACAGGCCAGGCCUGGAGUAUCCUUAGAGCCGAGGAUGUCUGACAGUGUAGUCAAGUCCCUACCAAGGCUGCUGUGCUCAUAGAUGACUGAGGAGACAGGGACUGCAGCCACAGCCUGUGGCUGUCCCCCUCCAUACUUUCAUGUAGGCCAAGUCUGCCCCCUAUCACGGCCCCAUGAUUUGUGGAUACAGAGGGCAAGAAAGUGACAAUCACGUAUCAAGUGAGCUGUGACUGGAUGUGGUCAGCAGAUUUGAUCAAAUAUACCUGGGCAAUCCGAGUUGUCCUUCCCUCCUUCCACAAAGGCUUCCCCUGACCACAACCAUCUGAAAUCAUUUGAGAGGCCCCUGUGCAAGUCUUAGAUGGAGUGAUGGAAGGCAAGUGCCUAGCCCACAUGAAGAAAAGAGGACUGGGCUCUAAGCAGGACCUGAAUUUCCCUAAUAGGUGGUAUAAUUUUUGUUAAAGGAUUUAAAUAAUUUUGGCUUCCUGUUCUAGCACAACAGACAGCCCUAGCGUACAGAUGUGGUCAGUGGAACAGCAUCUCAGGAUUUAAGUCUUUAAGGCAGGUGUCCCUUUGACAUUUUUAAAACCAGCCCACUCUGAUGCAAAGAAGCUCAUAGGUUUUUGUGACAAUCAAACUGGGUAAAUGGAGUUGCUGUUCUUUUUCUUGCCACAAGGUGUCACCCAUUUCUGUGGGGUUUUCUACUGGUGCUUUUUCUCCAAUGUGCAGGCAGUGCCCUAGGUACUACUCUUCCCUCAAACCUCCCCCCCAACAAGAAACCAGAACCAAGAGUGGGAGUGAUGGUGAUUGGAUCAUUCAGUCACACACGCUAUAAUUUCCAGGAGUCAUCUUUUAGUACAAAUUCAGUCAGCCAAUGAAUUUGCAGCGUGAUUCAGGAGCCAGAUUGGCUGAAGGAUUCUACAUCAUUUAGCCACUUUGCUUAGAAAGGCAGGCAGCCAGUGUCCCUUUUCUUAAAGUAUGGGGCAGUCCUGGCAGACACAUGAUAAACUGCCUUCAGCAACCCUGGUUCCAUGCAGAUCCCACGUACAGUGGCACUUGCAGUCAUGCACCUGCCCCCCCCCAAAUUGGUCCCAUAUUGUUAUGGAUCAUGCCGUUUUUCUUGUUUGAGACCAGAUUAUAAAAAACACAUGCCAUCCAUCCCCUCGUAUAAAUCCAGGCCCCCUGAAACAGGUUGUGCCCACAGGGGCUAUUGGUUUGCAUUCCUACCCAGCAUGCAAGCUUGCAAGAUACACAUACAUAAUUCUGCUGUUCAGUCUCAAUUAGGAUGAAACAAAACUCUCUUAAGAGAAAUGCCAAGGCCAAUCCCCUGCUUUACCUCGUCACCCCGCUCCAGAACCUGCAUACCCACUUAAGAGAGACUCUAGGUUUAGAUUUAGGCUACCAUUGCUUUCUCCUGUAACUUAAAAGCAACCAAUACGGUCACAGCAUAUACACUCAGCAUAGCAACCUUGCACACUGAUUCAUCACACACAAGGGGGGGGAAGGGGGCAUUAGAAAGCGAAUUGAAUGUGCAACCUAUUGUUUUUAAAAUGCCUUGAUCCAUGUAGGGGAGAACCACAAUGCCCUACAUGAUUGCUACUUUGUAUACAUUAUUUUUAUAUAUGGUUAUGUGAAUUGCAUUUACUCCAAAGCAAGUUAACAAAGAGCAAAUAAUAAAUGUAUUCUAAAGAUGCAAA